AUGACUGGUCUGAACCACAAUGAUUUUAUGCUCACGGUAUGGCUGGCUGCCCGUGUCACUUUCCAGAUUUACUCCGUGUUGAAUGGACCCUUUCUCUUGGCCAAAGUCCAGACUGGUACCUCACAUGUCGACACUGGUCUCAACCUCGCACCCUGUGCAGCUAGCAGGUCAAUGUGGCUCGGUGGCUGUGGGAAACAUGCAACUGACCGCACGAAGCACAAAGCCAAGGAGGUGACAAAGGGCGUAGCUGCUGGUGAGCAAAUGUUUAAGGCUUGUCCUGGAAAUACCCAGUGCAUUGUGCUGUCCAAGGGGGUGUUCGCAAAACCUGGAGAGAAGGUGACGAUCGAGGUGACCUUGACGACACACAUGAAGAAUUGUGACUUCUACGUGGGCCUGUUGGGGCAGAAUGGCCUCGGCACCUAUGACGGCGAGGUCUACGUCGCGCUGGGCGGAGUAGGGCUUACUGGGGUCUGCCAGAAAUUCCAAGAUGCCGAGUGUGGCCGUAAACUCAGCGACAGCUUUCCUGCAAUUCAGAUCGGACAAACAGUUCGGAUGUCUCUUUCCAUCGAUGAGAACGAGGAUGUCUUGCAGUAUUGGAUCAACGACGAGGAGGUGAUGGCUCCAGACCUGGUGGAGGCCGCCAGCGAGCUUCGAAGCAAGGCCACUCGAAGUGGUCCUUGGUGUGGUUGGAGGCUCUUCAUCGGUCUCACCUCGGCGACAUGUACCGUGAAGCUCCUGUGA